AUGUGGACCCGCAUCACCGCCCGCGCACUGCGCCCGGCAACUCGCUGCUACUCGUCCCUCCCCUCGUCCUCAUCUCCCGCUCCGCCGUCCCUCCUCCCACCUGGCUCAGCCGCCAUCCCGCACUCGACACUCCAGCGGCCCCAGCGACACAAGGCCAAGAAAUCCAACCGCGGCGACCGCCCGCCGCCCCCGAUCCCGCGCUCGCCGCUCGACGCCCCGCUCCUCCCCGUCGGCCUGCACCCGAACCCGUUCAGCCCGCACCGCAAGGGCGCACGCGGCAUACCGGACGGCAAGGUCAUCGCCCUCACCACGGCCAGCUCGUACAACACGCCCGAGCUCCUCCUCAACCUCGAGGCCCUCGGCCUCCUCGGCGGCGCCGUCAACCUCCUCGGCGAGGCCAUCUUGCUCCCGCGCUGGUCCCCGUCAUCAUCAUCGUCGUCGUCGUCGUCAACCGGCGAGUCGAGCGAGCCGGCGCACGAGGUCGGCGAGGUCUUCGUCUUCGAGUCGGGCACCGUCGUCCUGUGGGGCCUCUCGAUGCACGCCGCCGAGACGUUCCUCCGCAAGGUGAUUCGCGGCGGCGCUGCUGGGACGGGCGUCUACAUCGAGGAGGGCCGCUACGGCGAGCCCGAGACCGAGCUCCUCGAGUACUGGGUCGGCAAAGGACCUACGCGCAUGUCGGGCGACGCGAUCCUCCUCUCGACGCCGCCAGUCGACGCCGACCUCCCGACCGCAGGCCAGGUCCCGGCGCCGCCGUCAAAGGGCCUCCUCGAGCGCCUCGCGUUCAGUGCCGGCAUGGCGCGUGUCACCAAGCUCGGCGUCUACGAGGAGCAGUUUGACGAGUUUGCCGAGGGCGUCGCAGGCAUCCCCAAGCUGCUCGAGUCGGGUUCCGAGUCACCGGUCAAGAAGCACGACAUCAUCAAGCGCGUCGGCACGCUGCACGCGUUCCGCCAGAAGCUCAAUCUCGAAGACGAAAACCUCCUCGACGAGCCCGAGUUCCUGUGGGAGGACGCCGACUUGCACGCUCACUAUACGUCCAUCUGCAAGGCGCUCGAGUUCGAGAGCCGGCUCACCACGCUCAACGACCGAGUCGACUACGCCUUCUCGUUGCAGACGACCCUCAUGGAGCUGCUCAACACCAAGACGUCGCACCGCCUCGAGUGGAUCAUUAUCAUCCUCAUCGCCUUCGAGAUCUCGCUCGUCCUGUACCGGGAGGGCCUGCCCUUCCUCGAGCGGUCGGCCGACUCGGACUCGCACAAGAAGGCGUCGCACUGAGUUCUCCACUUCCCCUCUUUCCUCUUGCACGACCAGAACCUCGUCGCCUCCCUCUCCUGUCUGUACCACUUCCGCAUCUGCACGCACCCCUCCUGCCGCAUCCUUUCUGUAAAUCGGUCUCUUCCUCGUG